AUCAAUGCGUUCGAUCGUUCCUGGCCUCCAAAUCUACCUGGAAAUAAUCCUUGCGGAAAAUGGUCAAUGAACAUGCCGAAGCAAUUUCAAUUGCAAACAAUUAUUUCAUGUUGGUCGAUGGAAUGAUUCCCGGUUUUAAGAAUCAUCUUGCAGAGCAUGUAGUACUCAAAUGGUUUGGGAAGGUAAUUAAGGGAAGAAAAAAAGUAAUUGCCUUUAUGCUGUCCAACAAAACGGAAUCUUUUCACACAUUUUCUGACAUUAUGCCAAUUUCCGAUAUUUCUCAGAAAAGCAAACAGUCGAAUCGGAAGAUAAAACGGUCCAUAGAGCAGAACACUAGCUGCGGAAUCUACACGAGUGAUUACUUACCGGCUUGUUCUUCACACGAGACUGAAAUGUCAACGACCCACGUAAAAGAUUGUGAUGACCAGAAAAGCAAUGCGAACGAUGCAACUUCCAUACAUGAAGCAGCUUCUAAAGGAUGGAAAUUUCAAGAUAAAAAAGGAAAAGGAAAAGGAAAACUGAAAACUUUAAUAGAUCGUAAGGAUACGAAUGCCAAUAUCGACGUGCAUCAAAACAAAUUUAGUGCAAUCGCCGAGAUGGAUGACCAGAGUUAUGAUCUUAACGAGGGCGAUCUCUAUAAUCUUUUCGAGCCCGAGAUUACGUCUCAGCCUGUCGUCGGCAAGAACAUUAAUAGGAUAAAAUUGAAAGAGGAAAUGGCACCAACCGUCAGAGCCAUCAACAGAGAGCAUGAUCAAGGAGAUGGACCUGUUACUGCUGAAGCUAACAUGACUAACAAUAAGUACCUGGAAGCGAAUGGAGAAAUAAAAUUUAUACGAAUGAAUCCACAAACAGUUUCCCCAUAUCAGUGGUCAAAUUCAUUUAUUAAAAAGAAAAUCUGGAUACGAAAAUGCAAGCUGCAGAUCACGUAUUCGUUUCUAAAUGAUGUCGAUUCGUCGAAGAUUACUAGAAAAUGCCAUAAUGCACAGAAAAAUGAUUGCGUUGCUCGCAAAUCGACUAAGGUAUGUCACGAUACAGAUAGAACACAGGAAAGUAAAUUGCCAAGUUUAGAAGAGACGAUUCAAAUUAGCAAUACAUUAAUACCAGAUGUAAAUCAUUUCGGCGGUUACCUACAACCUUUAAACUUCUUAGAGGAUCGCGAAAAUUUUUUAAAACUUUUCGAGGCUGAAAUAGCGAAAAAAGAUCCCAAUUCGCAUUUUUGUUUGCGUUACGUCAACAGUAAAUUGAUUUCCGAUUGUCCGAAUAAAAAACCAUUUGAUGUCAUGUAUCAAAUUCAUGAGAUCGUUUAUUCGUUAGUCCAAGUUAAUACAUCUAACACACAAGAAAUAACAAUAUAAAAUUAUCGCACAAGCUUGUAGCCAAAUGACGAUAAUUGCACGUAUUUACUCUUGGUUAGAUAAUAUCGUCAGGAGAAUCAAUUG